AUGGCGCCUUAUCCAUUACCACAGCAGCAGCGGCAUCUCCCACACCGCAGCAGACCCGCACCUCAAUUUCACCAUCACCGGCAGGGGCAUGGCAACACCAAGACCGACGCUGUGUCGUCGUCGCUCUGGCAAGGCAUCCCGACCGAUGCGCGUGGCCUCCGUGCCCUCGUCAAGGCGCUGUCCGCGGCCGCCCCGGCACUGGACGAGGCGAUGGCCGUGCACGCCCACGCCGCCAAACUCGGUCUGGACUGCGAGCGCACCGUCCUCAACGGCCUCAUCGUGCUCUACCUCUCCUGCGGCGACCGCGCGGCCGCGCAGGUCCUGUUCGACGGGUUCCCAGGCGGUCGGGACGUGGUUUCCUGGACGGCCAUGGUGACCGGGCACGCGAGGCUGGGGUUCUCCGACGAGGCCGUGGAGAUGUUCUUUGCCAUGGCGGACGACUGCGGCGUAGCUUUCGACGCGGUGGCCGCCGCCGCCGGGUUCGCGGCCUGCGCGUCGGUGGGGGACCUCGCGCAGGGCAGGGAGGCGCACCGGCGCGUCGCGGCCCGGAAGGUCGCCCUUGAUGUCGUCGCGUGGAACGCGCUGGUGUACAUGUACGCCAAGUGCGGCGACGUGGCGGCGGCGCACCGGUGCUUCAGGAGGAUGCCGGAGAAGAAGACCGUCGUUUCUUGGAACACGAUGAUCUCGGCGUUCGCCGGCGCCGGUGAGCACGGCAAGGCGCUAGCUUUGUUCCGGGAGAUGCAGCGCGCGGAGGUGCGCCCGGACGACGCGACGUUCGUGGCUCUCCUUGGCGCGUGCGCUCAGCUCGGCGCGCUCGACACCGGCCGGUGGGUGCACGCCUACAUGGGCAGGCAGCUGGGGUGCAAGGCCGACGGCGCCAUCGGCAACGCCCUGCUCGACAUGUACGCCAAGUGCGGCGCAAUCGACCAAGCCAUGGACGUGUUCGACGGCAUGGAGCGGCGAGACGUGUACACCUACGCGUCCAUGAUCCUGGGGCUCGCAAUGCACGGCCGCGUCGAGGAGGGGCUGGCGCUGUUCGCCGACAUGCAACGAGCCGGCGUGAGGCCGAACGGGGUGACGCUCCUCGGCGUCCUCUCCGCGUGCUGCCACGCUGGGCUCGUCGAGGAGGGCCUCCGGCACCUCAGCGCCAUGCCGGAGUCCUACGGCGUGACGCCCGGCAUCGAACACUACGGCUGCACCGUCGACAUGCUCGGCCGAGCGGGGAGGCUGGACGAGGCGGAGGAGCUCGUCGUGGCGAUGCCAGUGCCGCCCGACGCGGUCGUCCGGGGCUCCCUCCUCGCUGCCUGCCGUGCGCACGGCGACGUCGAGCGAGCCGAGCGGGUGAUGCGGCGCAUGGCGGAGCUUGACCACAACGGCGAGGCCGGGGACCACGUGCUCAUGUCAAACAUGUACGCGUCCAGGGGCCGGCACGGCAGGGCGGUGCGGGUCAGGAGGCAGAUGAGGAAGAGCAAGAUCAGCAAGGAUCCCGGCUGCAGCACCAUCGAAGUCGACGGCGUCGUGCACGAGUUCCGAGCAGUUCCGGCCAACUCCAUCAGAUGA